UCUUCUUCUCCUUCAUCUUCAUCCUCACCGUCUUCUUCUUCUGGUUUUCUUUCUGCAGAAGCCCAAAUUGUUCUUUUGGUUGAUCUGGAAGGUGAAGGUGUUAAGAAGCCCUAGAAGAAUGGGGAGAGGGAAGAUUGCGAUAAAGAGGAUUGACAAUUCAACAAACAGGCAAGUCACUUUCUCAAAGAGACGAAGUGGUUUGCUCAAGAAAGCCAAGGAGCUUGCCAUCCUUUGUGACGCACAAGUUGGGGUCAUCGUCUUCUCCAGCACCGGCAAGCUCUAUGAAUAUGGAAGCUCCAGCAUGAAGUCAACUAUUGACCGCUACAAUAAACAAAAAGAUCAGGAACACCACCCGCUUAUGAAUCCAGCUUCAGAAGCCAAGUUUUGGCAGAGAGAAGCAACGGUCUUGAGACAACAGCUGCAACACUUGCAGGAAUUGCACAGGCAAUUCAUGGGUGAACAACUUUCUGGUUUGGGAAUUAACGAAUUGAAAAAUUUGGAAAAUCAACUGGAGAUGAGUUUGAAAAAUGUCCAGAUCAAGAAGGUAUGA